UCCGCAGUCUCCCCAGUGCAUCCUGGCCCCGUCCUGCUAGCCCCAGGGAACAAAAGCGGAGUCCGGUCGCCCUCUUCUGCAGCCUGGAGAUGAGUCGAGAGGGCUGAGCCGGGAGAGUGGUCCUGGCGGUUGGAAGCUCUGUCCUUGGCUCCUCUCCAUGACGAUUCCUGACUUGUGGCCCUGGCAACGUUGGGGAAGCCUCAUCCGAUUUCUUCCAUCCAGACCCCGGGCCCUCCUCUCACCAGCGUCACCCCCACCCAGCCAGGGUGCAUUGACCAGCCCACUUUCUAGGACAUCUGAUUCAGCAAGACAUGGUGUUGAACCCUGGGUCUAAGUCUUCUUGAUUGAGGUACUCUCAUAAUACAACACGAAGCCCUCGGAAGGAGUGAAUGAAAUGAGCCGCCUGGGGAGUCCUUUCUGAAGGGAGGAGCGGUUCUCUUGGAGAGGAGUCCUCCAUGAGCCUGGCCGAGGCCCGGGAUCUGUGUGAAGUGGACUAAGGAUUUAGUAGGAUGUCAACUGAGACCGAGCUUCAAGUCGCUGUGAAAACCAGCACCAAGAAAGAGUGCAGAAAGAAAGGUCAGGAUCGCAGCGAAGCCACUUUGAUCAAGAGGUUCAAAGGUGAAGGUGUCCGGUACAAGGCCAAGCUGAUUGGGAUCGAUGAGGUUUCUGCAGCUCGGGGAGACAAGUUAUGUCAGGAUUCCAUGAUGAAGCUCAAGGGCGUUGUUGCUGGUGCUCGUUCCAAAGGGGAACACAAACAGAAAAUCUUUUUAACCAUCUCCUUUGGAGGAAUCAAAAUCUUUGAUGAGAAGACGGGGGCCCUGCAGCAUCAUCAUGCUGUUCACGAAAUUUCCUACAUUGCAAAGGACAUCACAGACCACCGGGCCUUUGGAUACGUUUGUGGGAAGGAAGGGAAUCACAGAUUCGUGGCGAUAAAAACGGCCCAGGCGGCCGAACCUGUUAUUCUGGACUUGCGAGAUCUCUUUCAACUCAUUUAUGAAUUGAAGCAAAGAGAAGAAUUGGAAAAAAAGGCACAGAAGGAUAAGCAGUGUGAACAAGCUGUGUACCAGACAAUUUUGGAAGAGGAUGUUGAAGACCCUGUGUACCAGUACAUUGUGUUUGAGGCUGGACACGAGCCAAUCCGUGAUCCCGAAACGGAAGAAAACAUUUAUCAGGUUCCCACCAGCCAAAAGAAGGAAGGUGUUUAUGAUGUGCCAAAAAGUCAACCAGUAAGUGCUGUGACCCAAUUAGAACUUUUUGGGGACAUGUCCACCCCUCCUGAUAUAACCUCUCCCCCUACUCCUGCAACUCCAGGUGAUGCCUUUAUCCCAUCUUCAUCUCAGACCCUUCCGGCGAGUGCAGACAUGUUCGGUUCUGUUUCUUUCGGCACUGCUGCUGUACCCUCAGGUUAUGUUGCAAUGGGCGCCGUCCUCCCAUCCUUCUGGGGCCAGCAGCCCCUCGUCCAACAGCAGAUCGCCAUGGGUGCUCAGCCACCAGUCGCUCAGGUGAUGCCGGGGGCUCAGCCCAUCGCUUGGGGCCAGCCGGGGCUCUUCCCUGCCACUCAGCAGCCCUGGCCAGCUGUUGCCGGGCAGUUCCCGCCAGCCGCCUUCAUGCCCACGCCAACUGUUAUGCCUUUGCCAGCCGCCAUGUUCCAAGGCCCCCUGACCCCCCUUGCAACUGUCCCAGCCACGAGUGACUCCGCCAGGUCCAGUCCGCAGGCCGACAAGGCCAGACAGAAAAUGGGGAAGGAAAUAUUUAAGGAUUUCCAGAUGGCCCAGCCUCCACCCGUGCCGUCCCGCAAACCCGACCAGCCCUCCCUCACCUGCACCUCAGAGGCCUUCUCCAGUUACUUCAGCAAAGUCGGGGUGGCACAGGAUACGGAUGACUGUGAUGACUUCGACAUUUCCCAGUUGAAUUUGACCCCUGUGACUUCUACCACGCCGUCGACCAACUCACCUCCAACCCCAGCCCCCAGACAGAGCUCUCCAUCCAAAUCAUCUGCAUCCCAUGCCAGCGAUCCCACCACGGACGACAUCUUCGAAGAGGGCUUUGAAAGUCCCAGCAAAAGCGAAGAGCAAGAAGCACCUGAUGGAUCACAGGCCUCAUCCAACAGCGACCCCUUUGGGGAGCCCAGUGGGGAGCCCAGUGGUGAUAAUAUAAGUCCACAGGCCGGUAGCUAGAUAGCACAGGUCUGGGAGUCGGAGCCUCUGUAUGCGCAGAUCAGCAGGUCGCGGACAUGAGCAUCGAUGCGGGCUCACGGUGGGGCUUCAAGAACAGCAUGGAAAUCGGCAUCGCAACAGGCUCUUGUAUUCUUUCACUUCACCUCAUCCCACCGCGAACAUCAGCGAACAUCAUGACGCCCCAAUGGAAAUCGCCUCGUUCGGCAGAGGGAACUAUCGGUUUUGGGCAACCCAUGGCAGAUAAUCUAUGGCAGCACACACACAAAAUAAGUCUUUUUUAAAAAAAACAGUCACACCCAACAUGAAAUCACAAAUCAAGCAAAUGCUGACCCAACAAAUACUCUGAGUUCUCUUAGCUUGGGUUUUGAGAUGCCCCGGCGUGCGAAAGUGUAAUUCUGUUUAUUUCUCUACCGGUUGGCUACCAUAGAGCUGUGACAUUUGGAAUGACAGGCAUGAGAGAGUGACAUCAGGGUUGGCGCUGACUUCUUUCAGGCAAAGGCAAGGGGUCCUCUGUGACCGCCGUGCCAUCAUCCAUAUGCCUUCUGACACACAGUGAUGUUUCGCCAUCGCACCACAGGCCUGGCCUGCCAUCCGCUCCCCUCUCCUUUCUCUGACAUGUUUAAAAAGUAGUGGUUGUACGCAUUUUUGUAUUGCUUUGGAUGAUUUUUUUUUUAGAUAUGGAUGAAGGAAUCCAACUGGGGGGAAACCUCACAUGAAAUGGAUUAACUUGAAAUUACAAGACGACUAAAUGACGACUUGCUCAUUAUGAUCAAAGAUGUUGCCAAAACCACCCUCUCGCGAUUCUGCAUCGUGGUGAAGAGAGACAGUUUGGGGGUUGGACUUUGAUUCUGUGAUUAGGAAAGGACAUUGAAUCCCCGUGAUGAGGAAAGACCACAUCGGAUUCCCUAAGAAGCUCUAAACUCUGAAGUACAAUAAAAUGAUAUUUUUUAUUUUUCCGAUAUCUUGCUGUGAUGCUAUGCAGACAAGUGUCUUCUCCGUGUACCUCUCUCAAAGAAACGUCAUUUUGCCAAAUAAUUCUGGUACACUUCCGGUUGUGUGGUUUUGGACCUUAGAUGCAAACCAACAGGGAGCCAGGGGGACAGUGGCGAUGUGAAUAUUGCAAACAACAAACUCACACCGUGGUCCACAUGGUUUGUCUCUCUCUCGUUUUGUACAUCAGAACACUCAAAAUGGGAUUUUUAUUUUAUAACUUGAAUAAAUUAAACACGGGGAAAAAAAACAAUAAAAAACACCUUACCAUUAAACUCUAAAUAUUUAAGGGAAAUGGCUUUAAGGAGUUCUAAUGAAAAAAAAAAAAAAGAUGCCAGUUUUUGUUUGUUUCAUUUCAUUUCACUUUGUAAAUACAAAUGUUAAUGAAAAUGCUUUUUAAUAAUGCCAUUACACUGUAGAGAAGGUAGCAGAUUGAGUGGAAGGUGUGACAAAGUUGAUGGAUGGGGCUCACUUUCCAGAUGUUACGCUGGAGCAUAUGGCAGAACGCUGGAGUUCAGGGACAGCUGGCAAGACUAGUUGGCCAAUCAGCUGCUGGCAAUUGGGAAGGGAGAACGGGACUCCACAGGCCAGCCUUCCCCCACGAGUACCCACCCUGCGCGGGAGCCAAGACACAGACCAUUUGUAUUCCGAAGGCCUGUGCUUCUACUUCGGAAACCCGCUCCCAUCUCUCCACUCCCCAUCCCCACCCCCAUGGAAACCAGUGGACUCUUUGUAUGUGAACCAGAGGAGUUUAAGCUUCCUUUUUUUUACAUUUAUGAGACAGAAAGAAAAAAAAUACAGUUCGGUUCAUAUGUUUUAGCACAUGAUUUUCAUAAAGAAUCUAUAUAUUUUUGCCCUACAGAGAAUUGUUAUACAGGUCAAACAUGUUUUCCUGAUGUUCCUAUGCAGUUACAGUGUGUUGAAUUUAGUGGUUUAACACUAAGAAAAUGUUCAAGAAUCAUGUGAUUAAUUGGACUUGGGCCAUUAUUUCAGCUGGGCUUUUAAAAUUUGAAAACCCAAAUUUCCGUUAAUGCACUUGAUUUCAGUAGGGAUCCUCAUAGUCAAUAGGAAGUCCAAUGAUUUGGGAAAAGGCACACUUGUUUACAAAGAGAACAGUCAUGCCUCAAGGUGAUUGUUAGGAUUGGAAGCCCAAAUUUGAUCCUGUCCGUCACUGGACCACAAUUUCUUUCCAGUUGGGUCUACUGACCACGCAUCCAUUACUGACUAUAUGUCAAUGCCAUGUUAGUGUGGAAAGGCUGAAGACCCCGAAAAGUCAGAGGGGCCAUUUGCCGCCCUGUCUAGCUGUCACUGGUGGCCGAUAUCCUUUCUCCAGGGACACGAGCAGACUUGGUGACUAGGGAGCUCUUUUGCCUGAAGGGGAAAGUGGGAAAGGUUUGAUGACCGUGGGAGUUGUCCCGAAACCCAUUCAACUUGUAUUCUGGGGAUUUGAUGAGCAAGAGAGGCAGUUCCCAUGCAGAAACGGCUUACGUUACUAUGUUGUCCAUGAUUCUGAUUCUGAAUAAGCGGUGCUAUCUUCUCCCUCAAUAUGACUGUCUGGAGUUUGUAUUGCAGUAGCACACCAUUACACGGAUUCUCUCGGUUGAUUCUGACACAUGUAGAGUAAGCGCUGGCUGCUACUGCUGCUGUUUCAGGGACACUGUCUAGAGUUGAUGUCAUAGCAGAAGGUGACAGCCCAGUGGAUCUGUCAUCAUUCGUUGGCCAUGGCUGGAAAUGGAACUGGCUCUGAACUUAAAGAAGAUGCCCAAGUGAUGCAUUCAAGUGAGGGCACAUAAAGUCAAGGGUUUUGAACGGCCACGCAGGUCAUCAUGGCAGAAUUCUGAUUUUGUUCCACCAAGCACUAUUUAGUGAACUCAGAACCAUCAUAUCCUAUCCCAGGAAGACAGUGACAUUUCCUAACAAGAACUGAGGUGCCGGUACCAGGAGACCAUGGGGAGUCUGCACAGUUCCAGUUAGAUCACUAGAAAAUCCAUGUCUACAACUGUUGAAUUCCUCAUCCUUCACGAGCACUAAAUUUGUCACUUUAAAUUUUGAAACCAGGGAAACGCCACCUGUCAUUCUGUUCCCAUUCCCCAUAGCUCUUCAAUCUUUACAUGUCGCAAGACUAUUUUGAUAGAUCGUCCUCGUCCCACUGUCUGCUGAAACCCCAUCAUGUCAUGUGCUGGGCACCUUCUUUAAAAAAAAAUGUUUACUCUGUGGGUUUGGUUCAUUUCAAUUUCUGCAUUCUGACACAUAUUUUUUUAAUAAAGAUGAGAAAGAGAAACUGACUGUUGCAGUACAUUUCUAGACCUACUUUAACUUUACCUCAGAUGACAGUGUGUUAACAUAUAUGGACACAUUAUUUUUAACUUUAUGUACAAUGCAUUCAACAGAACAGCAGAAUUUUUAGAAAUUUUCCAUUAAUUUCUGUAACACACCAUGUAAAACUGGUACAAUAAACAUGUUUGAGAACAA